AUGAAUAAUAAUCGCGUGAUGAAAUGGACGAACGGAGCAAGAGAAGGAAUAUUAGUGGUUGGUGGUCGUGGUAGAGGAUAUUUACUUUCUCAGUUGGAUUUCCCUCAAGGAAUCAUCGUUGACCAGUUGGGAACUCUCUAUAUUGCAGAUCUAUCCAAUCAUCGAAUUAUGCGUUGGCCAAAAGGAGCGACCGAAGGACAAGUUAUUUUUGGUGGAAACGGUAGAGGUUCUCUAUCAAACGAAUUCUAUGAUCCAAUAGGUUUGUCUUUCGAUCGGCACAGCAACCUUUGUGUGAGUGAUACCUGGAACCAUCGAGUUCAAAAGUUUGAAAUCCAAUGA